AUGGAGUGGUUCUACCCUAAGAGGAGGAGGGGUCCAGAGUGGAAACAAGGGUGGACUUGCCAGACCUUGUCCUCCAUCUCUGCACCACCUCUGCAUUUGCUCACCAUCUUUGCCAUUGUCAUUGGCUUGCUGUGGCUUUCUCAAUACACAGAGUACAAGGCCCAAAUGCAACACACAGCCUUUAAUUUCCAGCUCUUCCUAAUGGUGUUGCCUGUUUUGUUGAUAUUUGUGGUAGCUUCAUGUUCUUCAGUCCCUUCUAGUGGAUGGUUCAGCUUUCGGUCCCAACAUCCACAGCGUGAGCCAGCUCACCGGGCCGGGGGCAGUGGUGGCUCAGGCUCACCGUGGGGUGUUGCCAUCUUGUUGGUGCUGAUUUUGGUCUUGCUAUCUUACCAAUCAUCCUUUCAUUCCAAGUGGCUUGGACCUCUUGGGAUGUCAGAUUAA